AGGACCCUUGACCUCUGACCCAAGAUGGCGGCGCCCGGAGUCAUGUCUCUUGCAGUCGCCCUGAGGUGAACUGAGUCUAUGAGUCCCGCGUCAUGUCGAAGAUAAGCCGAGCCACUCGGGUCGUCAGGAAGCCCGAGGCCGGUGGCGUGAUCCGGACCAUCGUGCGGGCGGGCCAGGCCAUGUCCGGGCCCCCACUAGGCCCCAUCCUGGGUCAGCGAGGUGUUUCCAUCAACCAGUUCUGCAAGGAGUUCAACGAGAAGACAAAGGACAUCAAAGAAGGCAUUCCUUUGCCUACCAAGAUCUUCGUGAAGCCUGACAGGACGUUUGAAAUCAAGAUCGGACAACCCACUGUUUCCUACUUCCUGAAGGCAGCUGCUGGGAUUGAGAAGGGGGCCCGGCAGACAGGGAAGGAGGUGGCAGGCCUGGUGACUUUGAAGCACAUUUAUGAGAUCGCUCGUGUUAAAGCUCAGGACGAUGCCUUUGCCCUGCAGGACGUGCCCCUGUCCUCUGUUGUCCGCUCCAUAAUUGGCUCUGCCCGUUCCCUGGGCAUUCGUGUGGUGAAGGACCUCAGUUCAGAAGAGCUGGCAGCUUUCCAGAAGGAGCGAGCCAUAUUCUUAGCUGCUCAGAAAGAGGCGGAUUUGGCAGCUAAGGCAGAAGCUGCCAAGAAGUGACUCCUGUCCCGCACACUCCAGGAUUUUGAAGGGAGCAGCUGGGAAGGGGGCCUGUGGGAAGACUGUGCCAAAGGGGAGGAGAGGAGGCGACACCAACCUCAUUAUUAUUUCCCUGACUUUAGAUUAUAUAUUUUUACAUGUAUGGCUGUAUCAAGGGAUCAAGCCUAAAUAAAUAUCAUUUGUCACCCAGUCUCAA